UCAUGGGGCCCCCGGGCAAUAGGGGCUCAUGGGGCCCCUGUGUCCUUGCCCAAACUCAAUAAAGCCUAUGAAAAAGGUACCAGGGGCAUCUCAUGGGGCCCCCUACUGACCCCGGGCCCUCGGGCAGUGCCUGAGUUUCCAAAUGGUCAGUCCGCCCCUGCAUGGUGCCCGAGUUUCCAAAUGCCUAAGGACUAGGGUGGAUGCAUGUCAAUCUACUGGGGACAGCUCUGAGAAGGUGUAAAGAUCCCAGUGUUCUUAGUCACAAUAUGAUCCAUUGAAAGAUGGUGUGCCGAGACUGCUGAACAUCCA